AUAGCUUUAAGUAUUUUGACUUGGUAUGCGCUCACGCGUUGAAGAUGCUUUGACGUUACUGCACUGUACACGAGGUUAAGGAUGUGCUGUGACAUGGCAUGGCCAAUGUGUUUUAUUUUGGACCCUUCUUAAUUCCUGCACUGGUAUGUGACAGAACUUAACUACCCUCAACAACCUCUGUAUACGGACAACUGGUUCGCCCGCCGGUACUCUGCGCUCAACCAGAAAAUUGAAAGCUUCCAGGUCAAAAGGGCAGAUACAGAGCUCACAAAUUCUCUUCGUCACUGUCCAGAAGUUGUUCGGGGUUUGAUUGGAGCCAUUAAUUCGCCAGCUCAUCUGCAAUCACUGGCUGCCCUGCUUCUCCCGGUUGCCGCUGCCGCGUUUCCCAAUCUAAGCGACUGAAAGCGAUUGGAGAGCUGUUGAUUAAUGUCGGUUGCCGUCCAAAGGGUUUCCGCUUGACUCAAUUUCGGUGACAGAUGAGGAAUUUUGCUAUAAAGGUCGGAUCUUGAAGUGGUACCAGCGAUCGCAGAGUCAUAGGACUCGCAAUUUGUUCGAGGAAGUUAAAUAAGCGCGUCCCUUUGUCAGAAUUCACAAGGUCUGAUCUUCAGAAGAGAGUACAAAGAUUAGAGGGUUUCGAUGUUGGAGUGUAGUGCGUUGUCUUUGGAUUCUUUAGUGCUGUUUUGGCUUUGAAGUGGAAAUAUUUCUUUCAUUUUGUUUUGUGUUGAGUUUAAGAGAAUUUGCUGUCAAAAGAGACAAGGUUAGACAGAAACUGCAAAUCUUUCGAUCAGAUAUGGUCUGAUCUGGUGAAAAUAUUACAAACUUUGUAAAACUUCGUUGCUGGAGAAUCAUGUGCUGUUCUGAAUCACUUAGACUGCUUUAGCAAGCAGACAUUCUUGAAAUUUCUUUUCAUUUUGUGUGGAGCUUAAGUGGAUUUGCAGCUCAACAUUUUUUGUUUUCGGCAAAAUUUUUUUUGUUUUUUCUUUUGUCCGAGUGGUGAGAAUGGAAAGUGUUGAGAAAUGCAGCUCGGAAGGGAGAGAAACGCAGUGUGUAGUCUCCGAUCUUUGCGGCGCAUUGCUGCGAGGGCGAAAUCCGUUCUGUUAUUUUUUAUUAGUGUGCCUGGAGGGUUCCGGCGUGAUUCGAUCGCUGCUCCUGCUUUGCGCUGCGCCUCUUGUCUGGCUUCUUUACACCUGCGUUUCGGCUGCCUUUGCGAUGAAGCUCAUGAUUUUUAUCUCCAUGAGAGGCGUCAAAGCUUCGGCUAUUCACGGGGUGGCCAUGGCCGUUCUGCCAAAGUUCUUUGUGGAAGAUAUUAAUGCCGAAGUUUGGAGAGUUUUCUCGUGCUUUGGAAGGAAAGUUCUUGUGACUGCUCUGCCGCGGGUUUUGGUUGAACCUUUUGCCGUGGAAUACAUGGGAGUUGAUGCUGUCAUGGGGACGGAAAUACAAGUUGACAGCCAUGGCAUUGCUACCGGAUUUGUGAAACCGCCCGGAUACGUGCUCAGUGGUUUCCGAAAGACGGAGGCGGUUAGACGAGAACGGAUUGUUGAUGUGUGGUUACUCAAGGCCGGUUCUGCUGCACAUUCUUCAUCGAUUUGCAAGGAAUGGUACAGCGUGAAAGAAAGCUCCAAGGCGGAUCCACUACCAAAAUACAAGCUUCCCAAGCCCGUCAUAUUCCACGACGGGCGCUUAGUACAGCGACCGGAUCCAUGGAUUGCACUGUUAACAUUUGUAUGGAUGCCGCUGGGCUUCCUGCUAGCAGUAAUCCGCAUUACAGCAGGGGCUCUGUUGCCGAUGCACAUCCAGUACUACACAUUCUGGAUGAUGGGAGUUCGAAUCCGGGUGCGAGGAAACCCUCCAGAUCCCGUCAACAGACGCAAAUCCAGCGGCACAAUGUUCGUUUCUUCUCACAGAACGCUCUUGGAUCCCAUAAUGCUCUCUGCAUCUCUGGGCCGGCCCAUUGCAGCAGUGACCUAUUCCAUUUCCCGUCUCUCAGAGUUUCUGUCGCCGAUUCCCACCGUCAGGCUGACUCGAAACCGCGACCAAGACGCAGCAAACAUAAGCAAGGUGCUUCAGAUGGGCGACAUGGUCCUGUGCCCUGAAGGGACUACAUGCAGGGAACCUUUUCUUCUUCGUUACAGUGCCAUGUUUGCAGAGCUGGCAGAGCAUAUUGUUCCGGUUGCCGUCAAUUGCCGCACCUGGAUGUUUCAUGGAUCCACCAGCAGAGGGUGGAAGGCCUUGGAUCCCUUUUUCUUUUUCAUGAACCCUUCCCCUGUUUAUGAAAUCCACUUUCUCAGCCAAAUCCCUGUUGAUCUCAGCUGUCGAGGAGGGAAAAGUUGCCAUGAAGUCGCAAAUUCUGUGCAGAAGAUCACUGCCGGGGUUCUAGGAUUUGAAUGCACAAACUUCACCAGGAAGGACAAGUACAGGCUCUUGGCGGGAAAUGAUGGUUAUGUUCGCUCCUAAAAUUUCAAUUUUAAUGGAUCUGUUUUAUUUAUUCUUAAAAAAACUGUAACAGAUCUUCUCAGCAGAAGAAAUUCUUGAUGAAUUUGGUUGAUAAGGGGUGACAUCUAUCCCCCAUGCAAAAUGAUUUACUGCAAAUUUAUAUUAUAUGUAUUUAAUGUAAACCAUACAAUAUAUUUUGUUGUGUGGAAUAUCAAUAUGUGUUUUGCCAGAGCAUUUGGUUGGAUCAAAAGAUAUUAUCUUUUGUUACAAUGUCAGCAGCAAGAACUGUUUUUAUUAAGAAAGCAGCAAGAACAAGAACAAGGCUGCCAAUAAAUAGCAGUUCACUAUAUUUUUCUUUUUAA